AUGGUAGAUUACUAUGAAGUUCUAGAAUUCAGAUAUACUUCACCUAAGGACAUUAAAAAGGCUUAUUGAAAAGCGGCACUUAAAUGGCACCCUGAUAAAAAUCCAGAAAAUAAAGAAGCCGAGAGAAAAUUCAAAGAAGUAGCUGAGGCAUAUGAGGUAUUAUCAAAUGAUGAAAAACGGGACAUUUAUGAUAAAUAUGGCAAAGAAGGAUUAAAUGGUGGAGGCAGAAGUCAUUUUGAUGAUUCUUCUGAGUAUGGCUCCACAUUCCAUAAGCCAGAUGAUGUCUUUAAAGAAAUUUUUCAUAAAAGGGACCCAUUUUCAUUUCAUUUCUUUGAAGACUUGCUUGAAGACCUUUUAAAUAAUCCAAGAAGCUACUAUGGAAGCAGAAACAGAAGUGAAAGAUCCUUUUUCUCUACAUCCAGUGAAUAUCCAGCUUUCGAGAGAUUUUCUUCAUAUGAUACAGGAUAUAUACUAUGUGGUUCACUGGGCCAUGAGGGCCUUAAUUCAUUCUCUUCUCUGACAUCUGACGACAGUGGGAUGGGCAACGACAUAUCUGUUACAACUUCAGGUAAAAUUGUUAAUGGCAGAAAUACCAAUACAAAGAGAUUUAUUGAGAAUGAUCAAGAAAGAGACAAAGACGAUGGUGAGUUGAAGUCCUUUCUUUUAAAUGGUAUGGCAGAUGAAGAGAGCUUUGCUGAAGAAUGCAGUUGGAGAAGACAGUCAUUCAACAAUUAUUCACCAAAGUCCUGCAGCCCCAAACAUAUAUCUCAGUAUAUUUGCAACUGGAAUCCCUCUAUUUUCUCAGCAGGAUUCAAAGAAGGUGGUAAGAGGAAAAAAAAGAAGCAUAAAGAGGUACAGAAGAAGAAGUCAACUAAAAGGAAUCAUUAA